GCAAAUAUCACGUGGUUGAAUCUGUCAUACCAGGAAGAAUGACAUGUUUUGUCGCUGGUAACAUUUCAGUAUCUUAAUGCAAAGAGGUCUCAAACGUUGGCCGUACCACAAUGGCAUCCUACUUUGAUGAACACAACUGUGAGCCCACCAACCCAGAGGAACAGUAUCGUCAGAAUGCUCUACUUGAGUUGGCCAGGUCUUUGAUGCAGGGUCUGGACUUAUUUGACUCGGGGGCGUUCGACUUGUCUGACUGGGACCAGCGUCUUCCUCCUCCAGCUGCCAAAACUGCUGUUCAGACCCUUACUGUGGUCAUCAUUUCUCCAGAGCAAGCAGAUAAAGGUCUCAAGUGUCCUGUGUGUUUGCUGGAGUUCGAGGAACAAGAGUCAGUUCGAGAAAUGCCUUGCAAACACCUUUUCCACUCAGGAUGUAUACUGCCCUGGUUAGGCAAGACCAACUCCUGUCCGCUGUGCCGACUUGAAUUACCAACUGACAAUCCAGAGUACGAGGAAUUUAAAAAAGACAAAGAGAGAAGAAAACAGAGGGAGCACAGGCUGGAAGAUCUACAUGGAAGCAUGUACACAUGACUUAACUGUGCUCUGGUGCACAGUGACAUUUUCAGAAAACUAUGAGAAAAAUGAAAGUUUCAGGAAAUGCAUAAUGCUGCAUUCAUGCCAUUUCGUGCAGAAUAUUUUAAGACAAGUGUGCUGUUGACAGCGGCCCUGAAGCAUUUCUGUCUUUUUGAUUUAAAUCUAAAAGCUUUAAACACACAAAAAAAACCUCCAUUCAGCCGUAUUUGUCAAAUAAUAUGUUCUAUUUAAACACAGGAAUAUAUUUUAAUCACUGACUAUUUUAGUUUUCCACAAAAUAAUGUAAACAAUUUAAGAGAAUUACAUUUUUAAAGUGCACUCCAGCACUGCAACAUGAAUAGCUUACACUUACAUAUAUUAUGGGCACUCAAUAAAGAGAGAUCAAGAGAAGACAUGUCAGAAAUUGAAGCAGCAGAUGUUGAAGUUUAAGAUGCUCGAUCCUACACUUCUCAUUUUCAUUUUAUGUCAGACCUUCCCUUUCAGGUAAAUGCCCACAUCUUUUAAACCCCAUGACCCCGCUGUCACACAAGCUUUCAGUUAAUUUGUUGUCUUCAAGCCGAGGUACAAACUGAACAAGAUCUUGUAGAGCCAAAGAAGAUACUAUACAACUAUUUUCACUGGCUGAGUAGUGCUUCUCCUCCCCAUGUGAGUGAAUUGACCUUUUUGUGUAAAAUUGUUUGGUUCCCCUUUAACUUGUCCUGUGAUGUUGGCCUAGACAGGAACUAUUAAUAACAUAACCAGUAUGGUCUGGAUUGGUUUUGAUGCUUCUACAUCACAUGUAGAUUUAUUCCACUUCUAUACUACUUCAUGUGUUAACUCACAAUAUUGAACCUCUAACCUUGCUGACUCAACUUUGGUAGGAUCUUUAACCAGCAGUUAGCCAUUCUUUGUCAUUCGCUUUGCCAAAAGUUGUUUCUAUUUGUGAUUCAAAUGAAUAGAUAUAUAUAUAUAUAUAUAUAUAUAUAUAUAUUAAAAAACCUCAACAACCUCCAAAAUACUUUUAACCCUAGCUUUAUUAGCGUCAAGAUAAUACCAAUACUAUUCCACAUUGUCAAUAUAACAAGUACUGUAUGACCAUGAUGUCAUUUUGCUCUCUGUUAUAAGCAGAAACAAUUUUGUUGUUUAUAAGGACACAAAUGCUAUUUUCUGUUUUCAAGAACAAUCCAUGCAAAACAUCCAAGAAUUUAUCAUCUUUAUUUCAUAUUUGAAUAUAAAUUGCUGUCAAAUGAAAAUAUUUAAAUGAUAGACAAAUCGUACAUAUUUACAGAAUUUAUAAAAAGGAAACAAAAUUGUCUGUGUUGAUUUG